AUGGAAACACCACGGUUCCGUUCUCUCGUCCUCGUCGUUCCCCUCCUCUCCGCCGCCGACCAUUCCCUCUCCUCGAACCCGCCCUCGCCCUCGCCCUCGCCCUUUUCGGUCGCCGACGGAUCAUAUCUAUCCCCUCCCGCCCCUCCUCCGGAGACGCCGCCCUCCCCUGCUCCCACACCGCCGUCAGCCGGCGUCGAGGAGCAGGACAUGCGUUCCGAGGCGAGGGAAGAGCCCAACGAGAGCGGAGGCGGAGGAGGGAUGAUCGCCGGGGAAAAAGCGGCGACGGCGCUGGGGGUGAUCAUUGGAGCGGCGUUGCUGGCGGCGGCGGCUGUCGUGUACAAGAAGCGGCGAGAGAACACCCGGCGGGGGCAAUACGGCUACGCAGCACGAGAACAGAUGCUUUGA